AUGGCAGACUUCAAGGCUUACCUCGACGAGCUCGAACAAGACUUUUUGAUCGACACAGCAAAGCUCAAACAUGUCACGAACCACUUUGUCCAAGAGCUGGAAAAAGGGCUGAGCAUAAAAGGCGGAAGCAUCCCGAUGAAUCCGACAUGGGUAACCAACUACCCAGAUGGUAAUGAGAAAGGCAAAUAUCUUGUUCUGGACAUGGGAGGAACAAAUCUUCGAGUUUACUCCAUCCAACUCACUAGCGAAAAAGGGGGAUUCAAAGUCAAGCAAGAAUCACACAAGCUCCCAGAAGAGCUCAAGACUGCCACAGCUGAUGAACUCUGGGACUUUGUCGCAGGAUGUCUCGAAUCCUUCCUGCAAUCUGCAGACUUUGACCUGAGCACCGAGACAGAUCUGAGCUUUAUCUUUUCGUUCCCAACAACACAGAGGACGAUAGACGAGGGUAUCUUGCAGAGGUGGACAAAGGGUUUCAACAUUUCCAACACUGAAGGAAAGGAUGCUGCUGAAUCAUUAAGACAAGCCAUCAAGAAAAAGAAUCUCCCACUCAAAGUCUGUGUUGUAACAAAUGAUACAACCGCGACAAUGAUGGCCUCGGCCUACCUCAACCCUGACACAAAAAUCGGCUGCGUUUUCGGCACAGGCUGCAACGGCGCUUACUUCGAAAAGGUCGGAGCCAUUCCCAAGCUCGCAAAUGACAACUUAGAUGGGGAGUCAUUUAUGGCUAUCAACUGCGAAUGGGGGGCUUUUGACAACGAGCAUGCUGUACUACCAUUGACCUCGUAUGAUAUUGCUAUCGAUGAAGACUCUCCAAGAAAGGGACAACAGGCCUUUGAGAAGAUGGUGGCAGGACUCUACCUCGGAGAGCUAUUCCGUCGCAUCAUCCUGGAUAUCCAUCAAAGGGAUCCACAUACCUUCUUGGAGGGUCAGAAUAUGGAGAGAUUAAUCGAUACUUAUUGUCUUGACUCUUCUUUCCUUUCCGCUAUUGAGGAGGACGCAUCAGAUGGUCUACGAGAAGCGUAUGAGACAUGCGUUUCAAGCCUGGGAAUCUCCCCAACUCUCGCCGAGCUCCAAUUCAUGAAAGCAGUCGCUACGCUCAUCACUACCCGCGCCGCUCGUUUGUCAGCAACUGGCGUCGCGGCCAUCUGUCAGAAGCGUGACCUGCAGCAAUGUCACGUUGGAGUAGAGGGCUCGUUGUUCGAGAAGCAUCCCCAUUUUCAGCUGGAGUUGUCAAAGGCUGUCGGCGAGAUCCUUGCUCCAGUUGCUGAGCCUGACUCAAGAAAGAGCAACAUUGAGUUUAUGCUUUCACCGGGUAGUGGUGUGGGUGCAGCUGUCAUCGCUUCAACCUUGAAAAAGAGGUGA